GUUAGAAUUAUAAUCUCAUCUUUUAUAUGGGUAGAUAAUACUAUGGUAUAAAUUUUGCAUCGGUAUUAGCUAAUAUCAAUAGUCAAACUUUAGAGAAAUGCAAUGUCGAAUUAAAUAUCGGAAUUAAUAUCCUAAUUCCGAUAACCAAAUCCAAAUUUUAUUGUAUAGAACAUAAAUCCAAAUUUUGUUGUAGUCUCUUUGUAUAUCUCAGUGUGGGAUCGGAUCUGAUUCGGGGCCCCAAACUGGUACGUCUGUGAAUCUGCAUGAGAUUUGUGGCAUUUCCGAGCUGUACACUACCCAUGCACUAUAUAUUUGAGUGGAGAGCAGGCUCCUAUCUUCUCUGCUUAGACCUCCUUUCUCUCACCUUGUUUAGUUGUUUUGGUCCAUGUCGCAGAAUCGUGAUCUUAAAAGGAAAUCUUUCAUCUUUAAUUUGGACUGCAGGAAAACUGAGAGGUGUUAGCUUAUUUCAUAGGUGGAUCUAGGAUUUUAGCUUAUAUAUAUUAUUUAUUGUAAUUUUGGUGAUUUUUUAGACAUAAAUUUAUAUUUUGCUGUUGAAACCGGUAGUUGUAUGGUGCAUGCAUCCGCCUUAUUUCCCGCCAAAACAACAAAGAAACCUCUUUUUCCACACUACAAUCCAACUUGUUCCUCAAAUCAUUCUAUUUAUAGCACUGCAACUUUUCCACUUUACUAUUUAAAUAGUGGUGACUAUUCACUCCAUAAAACUCCCUUAUAAAUUCAUUCCCUCCUUGUUACAAACAUCACUCUUUUUGCUGUUACAAAUUUCAUCUUCGAACCUGUUCUUGAUCUGUCUUUAAUCUUCUACAAAGAUAGAUUAAUGUUCUAAUCCUGUUUUCUACAAAACUUCAACUUAUCCCAUGAUAAGAAAUCCAGUCAUUUCUCCUAUGGAUGUACCAAAAACAGUUAAGUUUUCCCAACACAUAGUCACUAAAAACAAACAUGUUCCUGAGCAAAACGAAAAAUCCAAUUUCCAUUCUAAGUUUUCCCAGAGAGUUGUUCGAAUCAUACUUACAGAUGCUGACGCAACUGAUUCCUCGGACGACGAAGGACAAGAUACUGUACGGAGAGUGAGGAGACACGUGACGGAGAUCAAUUUCAUGCCAUCACCCAAUUUGAUAUGUGAAAAAAAACGAAGAUUGGUUUCGCCGGAUACUGACGUCACUCGCCGGAAAAAGUUUAGAGGCGUCCGUCAAAGGCCGUGGGGACGUUGGGCAGCAGAAAUCCGCGACCCGACCCGGGGAAAACGGGUUUGGUUAGGAACCUACGAUACCCCGGAGGAAGCAGCUACUGUUUACGACGAAGCUGCUGUUAAGCUCAAAGGUCCUGACGCUGUUACUAACUUUCCGAAAGUAUUAACGGCGGAUGUAACGGAAACGGAGUCUGUUACGGACGGUGGAGAAAAAGGCGAAAACGACGUCGCGUUGUCGCCUACGUCAGUUCUCCGUAACGAUUAUUUUACGCCGUUAGACGAUUUGGGGUUCUGUGAAGUGAACGCUUUUGGAUUUGACGUUGACUCCCUUUUCCGGUUGCCGGAAUUUGGGAUGUCGGAGAAAUACUACGGCGAGGAAUUCGGCGAGUUUGACUUUGACGAUUUUGCUCUUGAAGCUCGAUAGCGUGGGCUAUUUCGUUGUUUUAGAUAAAAGAUGUGGCAUUUUUGUAAAUUGAGUCAUUGCUGACGGUGACGUGGCAUAUGUUAAUUAGUAGCCGAUUUAAACGGCGAUUUUGUGAGAGAUUUUUGUACCCUUUUAAAAUGUUUACAUGUGAUUUGUGAGCGUCAAUUUUGUAGUACGAAAAUUUUGUUUGGAGAAAUAGAGUUAAUAGAUUUUGUUUGGAGAAA